AUGGCGACCUCCACGAAACAUGAUUUCAUGGCAGAAGAAAAAUCGAUGGAUCCCACUACUCUCUAUAGAAGGAAUAUGAAAAUAAGCAACAAGAAAAAAUAUAAUCAAUAUUUAGAAAAACAAAGAGAUAGAAGUAAAGUCUACAGACAAAACAUUAAAAAUGAUACACAGAAAAUGGUACAAUUAAGAGAAAAGGCAAAGAUCAGGCAACAGAAGUUUCGAAAAAGACAGAGAGAAGCAGCGAAGACCCAGGUUCAAACAACUACAUGUACAUCAGUUCUAAAAGAGUCUAAACCAAGAACAAGAGCAGAGUUAGGAAGUCUGAGAGAAAAACGGCGAGAAUCAAAAAAAAAGUACAGAAAAAACAUGUCGUCCCAUAAAAAGGCCUGGGUAAGGAAGAAAGAUAAAGAACGUAAGCAGAACAAAGUACUGUCAAACGGGUCAGAGAUAACACCACAGCCUGAAGGAGGGUUCAGAUCAAAGAAGACAUUGUAUAAUGUCACUUGGAAAGCCAGAAAGGUACUACCAUCAAACCCACAGAAGUAUGCUUGUGUGGUGAAGAACCUUGUACAAAAUACAACACCCAAAAAACGACAAGCUGUUGAAGACUUGAUGAAAAUCAGCCCAAAAGUUCAGAAAUGUGACAUAGAUUUGAUGGAAAUCAGCCAAUGUGAAGAAUCUAAAGAACUUCAAGAAAAUAUGAAAGGUACCCAUGUACAACAUCAACCAGUUGCUAGUUCUUCGCAACAGGAGAGCCCGGUUGUAAAUGAAUCUCAGAAAGAAGAGAGCAAAACUAAGGGAGUAAAAAGUAUACACUCUCAUGGCGUAACAUAUCCUAAAUGGAAUAGAGUUUCACCAAGGACGGAAAGCUUAGCCAGAAACUUCUAA